GCACAAACACUAGUGGGUUUGGUUGCACGGUGGCUUUGGCGCAUUUUCGGCUGGUUUGAUUCAUCCAUUUUGAAGAGACGGGGGAGCGGGGGGCUCGUCUCAUCCAGGGGCCCUGAACCAAGGAGCGGCGGAGUUUGAAAAGCCAGCAGCUCGGGGUUCGGUGGCAGCGGCCCCAUCGGCCGAAGUUCGGGGGGGGUGGGGCGCCAAGCGCGCGGGGUGGGGGGGGUCCUGGUCUUUGGCUUCUCUACUCGGUCCUGUUUCAACAGCGAACAUGUCGCGGCCUGUCAGAAACAGGAAGGUUGUUGAUUAUUCACAGUUUCAAGAAUCUGAUGAUGCAGAUGAAGAUUAUGGAAGAGAUUCGGGCCCUCCUGCUAAGAAAAUUCGAUCAUCUCCCCGAGAAGCUAAAAAUAAGAGGCGAUCUGGGAAGAAUUCACAAGAAGAUAGUGAGGACUCAGAAGAGAAAGAUGUGAAGACCAAGAAGGAUGAUUCUCAUUCAGCAGAGGACAGUGAUGAUGAAAAAGAAGAUCAUAAAAAUGUGCGCCAGCAACGGCAGGCAGCAUCCAAAGCAGCUUCUAAACAGAGAGAGAUGCUCAUGGAAGAUGUGGGCAGUGAGGAGGAACAAGAAGAAGAGGAUGAGGCACCAUUCCAGGAAAAAGAUUCCGGUAGUGAUGAAGAUUUCCUAAUGGAAGACGAUGAUGAUAGUGACUAUGGCAGUUCAAAAAAGAAAAACAAAAAGAUGGUUAAGAAGUCAAAACCUGAGAGAAAAGAAAAGAAAAUGCCCAAACCCAGGCUAAAGGCUACAGUGACACCAAGUCCAGUGAAAGGCAAAGGGAAAGUGGGUCGCCCCACAGCUUCAAAGGCAUCAAAGGAAAAGACUCCUUCUCCCAAAGAAGAUGAUGAGGAACCGGAAAGCCCUCCAGAAAAGAAAACAUCUGCAAGCCCCCCACCUGAGAAGUCUGGGGAUGAAGGGUCUGAAGAUGAAGCCCAGUCUGGGGAGGAUUAAAAGUGAUGAUGGUUUGGGGAAAGAUUUUAUUAAAAAAAAGGAAAAAAAAAAAGAAAAAAGAGGGAGAAAAAAAGAACCUACUUACGAUAGAACAUGGUUUUGGCUAUGGCUUGACUCGUGGGCUUUCAUUGCUUUUUUUCAUUUGUUAAAAGUAACAUUUUCUCUCUCGCUUGCUUUCUCUCUCUUUUUUAAAGAGAACCAUUGUAUGUUUAAGUUACCUUUUUGUCUGUUGGUCUCUUUGCCGCCACCAUCCCUUUCCCAAUGAAAGCCAUGUCAAAUUAAUCACUGGAUUAACUGCUUCAUCUUUUAAUUUUAAUGGAAGGUAUACCACAAUUGUAAAGCAAUAAGAUUUGAGGUGAACUCUAUGGAAACUGCUUUUUGCUAAAUGAUAGCAAGUUGAAUAGUAAUCCAAAAAUGUAGAAAGGUUUUGAUUGCUUCUUUCUCUACCUGGACUUUUAAAAAUUAAUUGUCAUCUAAUAUUGAGUUUAUAUGUCUAAGUACACAAGUAUAAAUGUCUAAAAAAUUUCACGACUUUAAACUUCCACUGAUGAAGCAGGUAGGAGAUAAAAGAUGAAUUCUGAAUUGUUACUAAAAGUACUCAUAUUUUUUACCUUGAGGGGAGGGUGGGAAAUGGGGUUACGUGACCUUAUUUGAGGGUGUGAGUUUCUUUUUUUAUUUCAUCAUUUGUUAUCUCAAAGAGACUCGGAGCCAGUGAUCCUUUUAUUCUCCAACAGUCUUUAAGGAGCUUAAAAACAAAAAACAAACAAAAAAACGCAGGGGGCCGCCAAAACCGAAAUCACUCUUGAUUUCAUAUUUCUUUCUCUGAUGGUUCAUGUUUUAAAAAUACAUAUGUAUCCUGGUUUUUAAUUUUUUUGAUAAAAUUUUACCAAGGAUCCCUCCAAAAUAAAACCAUCCUAGAAUUUAAUUGGCAAGAUCAAUCUACACACCGCAAUGGAUUUUUUUCUCAAACUAACAAUGUUUAGGUUUUAAGCAAAUAAAGUUCCAGUUAAUGUGAAACUCAGUCACAAGGAGUUGAGAUUUUUCCUUUAUGAUAAAAGAAUUGAGAUUCUUUUAUGCUAUAGAUGCGUGUUCAGAUUCCAAGAACCAUGCUCUGCCUUUAUUCAGGGAUAGAACGUUUUCCUUUCUAUAUUCUAAUCUUCCCAUUUCUUUGUAGAAACACAGUAGGAAGUACAUCUUUCCCCUUCCUGCUGCUACGUAGGACACCACUGCGCACUCUACCCCCAGUGCCUGCCAGCUCUACUGUAGGACACUAUUUUCCUGGCUCUCAUUCUUCACUUCCCAUCCUGUCCUUCACUGGGAGUAUGUUAAGUGCUGCUCCCAUACUAGUUUGCUCUUGUUUUAGUUGUUCCCAACUCCCUGCUUACUGCUCAUGUUGCUUAAAGCAGGAGACUGGGACUCAGCAGGACUAGAGAAUUCAUGCAUUUUAGAGGCCUGUGUGCAGUUGAUAACAGACAUCUUACUUGCCUUAUGAAAGCAGUCAGGAGAUAGAUCUGUAGGCUCGAACCUCUGCAUCCUGACACCAGGAGAUAAUGGGAGCAAGGUUCUAGGGUUCUAGUAUGCUCAUAAAUUGAAAAAUUAGUGAAAUUUAACUUAUGCCUUUUUCCUGCCUUUUAAUCUAGAUUUACAUCCUUAACAUCCUACUUCAUGAGUUUUUUUCUGCCUUUUAAGGAACAACUUAUUUUUCUUAGACAACAUGGUUUCCUUGCAAGUGUUGCUAGGACUAAAGAUUGUUUAGGGAAUAUUUCUACUCUUGAUUUUUAAGACACUUUAAGGAACAUUCUUACUGAAUUUUUAAACACCCUGUGGCAGAGUCAUUUCACUGUUGCACUGUGUGUUAAAGCAUGAAUAAGGAGUUUUUAGAACUUGGCCAAAAAGACAGGGCUUGAACAUAAGUAGCAACUGGAUUCUCUUUCAUAAUGGUUAAAUUCAUAGUUGUGAACUUUGUAAUAAGGGUGUUAAAGAUUAAUCUAUUUGCUCAAGUGGGGUUUUUCAGGUAUCCAUUUUUAACAAAAGAUUUAAGUUCAUAUAGUAAAAGACCUAUCAGUGUUUCCACCAUGCACUUCUAUUUUUUAGGAGUUUAUAAUUUUGUCUUACAUUCCUAGUAACAUUUGGGCUUUUCUUAGGUUAUAUUUCAUGAAGAUUGGGGAAGGGAGACUUAAAACUUCAGUCAGUCUCAAGUUUUUUCGUGUAACAUUAAUCGGCACUAACACCUCUGUGAUAUAUGCACUUCUUUGAAAGGUCAUCAUGUCUUGUAGAUUACUUGCGUGCAUUUAAUUGAGUUUCUUGUUUAGGGUCCCUUUUAAAAUUCAUUAGAUUGAAGUAUGUAUUCUGUAUUUCUAAUAGACUAGAUAGGAGGAUCAGAAUAACCUUUGUUUUCUCCGCUUUUUAUUGAUUUAAAACACUCUAAUCUUCCCUACAAAUCAUGCAUGCAAGUAGGUGGAUGGUUGUGAUGACUCAAACUGGAAACAGGUGCUCAAUAGUCAGGCUUGAUAGUGAUGUCAGGACAGAUUAGGAGCUGCAAGCCAAUAGUGACUGGCCAUUGGCACCACCUUUGACUAAACUUGCUCUUUUUUUCUAGCGUGCCUAUGGUGAAAUGGCAAUAGCGUUCACUGUCUUAUUUUGCAGUGCUCAGGAAGUGGGACGUUAACUUUGAAGGUGCUUGUUUGUGUUAUUUGAAUUCUCUACUUUGGCUCUGCUAGGUUUACCUCUACAACAUAGAUUUCGGCAGUUAUGCUGAAUGACACUACAGCCUAAAACUUAAGUUUGCUUUACCAGACACCUCCCUGCCCCCCCCCCCCAGCUAGACAUGGCUAGUUGACAAAUUACUUAAUCUGUCAGCUUGUUGCUGCUGUUAGUCCUCCACCUCAAAUCAGAGUCAGUGGAGUGGGCCCAAAGAAUACAUUUUCAUUUCAGUAAACGUAGGUCAGUUUCUCCUGCUUUCUCAAACAUCUCCCCCUUGAUAGUUCCACUCCAUACUGAUUCCAUAAGGGAAAAUAAGGGUGUUUCUUCCUUUAGGGGGGUAAUGAGUGGAAAUAUUUUAAUAUUGAGGAAUAGUAGUUGAUUUCCCUUGAAGGAGCUUGGAUGAUGUUUUUUUGUUUUCACAAUAACUGGUUUGCCCCAGUUCAACCCUCCAUUUAAUGCUUAUUCUUGGUACUGGUUCAAAUAGCAUUUUCUUACAGACAACAAAUCAAGAAUGGAAUUGGAGGUUAUGCUCCAGUGAAGUUUGUGACACUUGUGAAUAUGGUCAGUGAGACUGAACUUGACACAUUUUCUUAAUUGUUCAUUUCGUAUCCAUGAACAUUCAAGUAACAAGUGGAUUUUAGAGUACUGUUUGGGGACGGGGAUAGUACUUUUUGUUAAACAGUUUAGGAGUUGUUCUGAGAGUGUUAGAAAGGCAAGGGCAGAAUUUAAUACCAGGAGCAACGGGGAAAGCGUUACAAAAGGUCAUGUGGCCAUUGUUGCUGUUUUGAAGAAUGAGGGCCAGUUUUGAACAGUUAUUUCUUUGCUUGUGUCACCAACAACUGCGCUGAAAAGAAAAAAACUAACCUUAGAAGUUAGGAAAGGAAGAAACCUGACCUCUGGUUUUAAUGGCAUUUAGGCUGAUACAGUACACAUUUCUUGCUGCAAGAUAGGGAAAAUGUAACAAGCUGAUUGCUCUCGAGGUUAGAAAAUUGUCCAUUUCUCUGUGGAUGAAUUCGAGUUUACUUGAAAAUAGAGAAUUGGCUUAUUAUUUGAAUAUUGGGACAUCAAGCUAUUUACAGUGAAGUUUCAGUUUCAACUCAUUUUCUCUUUGUCUUGGAUGAACUCAAUACAACAUGAUUCCUUUUGAAUCCUGAAUCCAUAAGUUACGUUUUUUUUUCAAAGCCUAAUUCACAAAAUUCGCAGUGGUGCUGACUGUGUAAUAACCACUAUUGGGAAAAAUCCCGUAAACCUGCCUGUUGCCAUGCCAGUGGAGUGACUGAACUGGUGACAUCUGUUUGAGCAUGCUUUGUGUGGCUGGUAGGAUGCCACAGUGUGCAUACACUUUGUACAUCAGGGGUGAAGGGAGGGUUUUCUAGAUUAUUGGGGGAGGGUAAAAUUGGGAUUUUUUUUUUUGUUGUUGUUCCUUUUUUGAUGGGUGUGGGGGUAUAGUACUCAGCUUAUGCCCUAAAAUAACAUGUAUAAAAACCCCUGAAUAUUGUGUGCGUGUGUGUGUGAGUGUGUGUUUGUAUACGUCUGGCAAUUAAACCUUUGUCUUCUGGAACUUAGUGAAUUCUUUUCUUUUUUUCCUCCAGAAGUAUUUGUUACAAGAUUUGUAAAUAAGAGCUCUACUUAGUUUGUUUACCAUGAACGUGUUGCAGCAAACCUUAUACACCUAAUCCCUGCAAGAUUUACAGAAAGACUUUAAGACUUGCCAGGUUAAGCAACAGCCAGGUUCUCAGUAAUUGUUUGCCUUGAUUUAUCUUUUAUUUUGCCAGCUCUAAAAUUCCCAGUCUUCCUUGAAUUUCAUUCUUGAUCUUUUAUAUUCUGAGCAGGAAGGGUAAAAGAGAGGAACCUGCUUCCAUGUAUUAGUUCAUAGGCUAAGACCGGGGCAUCUCUUUCUUCAUCCUGCAAUGUUGCUAGAUACAUGAUCAGACACCAGAGGGUUGGGCAUCCUUGCAAUACCUUAACAGUGCUGAAACCUGCAGCAUGGUACUAAGGAAGUUAAAGUUUGAAUGUAACCACUUUAUUUAAAAGGUUUUUUUCUUUAAUUUAAAUAAGAUGGGGUUGAAGUGAACAUGAUUUUGUUGACCAUGUUCGUGAAUUAUAGAUGCAACAUGCAUUGGUAGAAUCGUGUGAUGGUCUUUUGUGAUACAUAAUUUUUACAUAUCCCAGUCUCUGUAUGUAUCUGCAUAGACAAAGAAAAAAACUCCUGCUUUGCUUUCAUUGAAGGGUUUCCAGGACUGCGUGUCUGCUCCUGAGCUCUGUUUUAAGUAUGUGUAUCCUUUGCUUGUAUUUUGUAUUAAAAAAAUAAGAAAAAGAACCCUUUAUCGUUGAGCAUGUUGGCAUUGUCCCCUUUAUUUUUUUCUCUUUUUGGGACAUAUGAAGCAAGUAAUUCUUUUUCUGUAUCUUUUUUCUUUUGUAAACCUUUUUUUUUGUUUUGUUUUGUUUUGUUUAAAAUGGCUUUAUAAAAGGGCUUUUAUAACCCA